AUGGCCAACCCAAAGUUCCACCCUGCUUUGGCUGUCUCAAAUAUAAAGAACAGUAUUCCUAUUGUUCUUGAGAUGGACACGGACCAUUAUUCGGCUUGGGUCGAAUUAUUUAAGCUCCAUGCACGAUCCCACCGAGUUAUCUCGUACAUCUUACCUACUGGAAAGGAAACAGCUCCUUCCGCUGAUGAAGAAAAAGAUAUGUGGUCCACGUUAGAUGCAACGGUGCUCCAAUGGGUGUAUGCUACCAUCUCCACCGAUUUGCUACACACCAUUAUUGCUGAAGAUCUCUCGGCCAAGGAGGCUUGGGAUCGGCUUCGAGAUCUUUUCCAGGACAACAAAAACUCUCGGGUGGUUACCCUUGAACAUGAUUUUUCUCAUGUCAAAAUGCGAGAUUAUCCUUUGGCUUCUGCUUAUUGUAAACGUUUAAAAACCUUGGUUGAUCAACUAAAUAGCGUCGGUCCUCCCGUGACGGAUAACCGCCUUGUUCUUCAGUUACUGGCUGGCCUCACCGAUGCCUACAACAAUGUGGGCACUCUACUCCGUCAAAGUAAGCCUCUUCCUUCCUUCUCCGAGGCUCGCUCAAGUUUGUGUCUUAAGGAAAAGGCGUUGGCUGAGAUGCAGGACGAAGCACCUACUGUUAUGGUGGCUUCUCCGAAUCACGAUUUUGGUGGAGGUCGUGGGUCCGAUGAUGCACGGCAUGCUCCGGUACAGCAGCCACCUUGGCAGAACUCUCCUUACCCUUGGUAG